UAUUGAAAUACUAAUAAUUCAGACAAUAAAGUUGCUCCCCUUAGCUUGUUUGAGCCUAAUGAAUGCCUUCAUAAUCAAUGUGCUAUAUAGUCAUUUCAGUUUAGCUUCUGUGCACUGACAAUGUAUAACGUUUUUACAUCAUCAAGUUAAGAUGCCCUACAUCAACAUGUAGCUCUCGACAAUAAGGCUGACGAAAAGCAAAAACCUGCUAUAACCAGCUAAAGUGAACUGAUAGUGUAAAAAUCAAUUAUAUUAUCAGUCGAUAUAAGUUAAAUCCUAAUCAAGAUCAACACGCUUUGCAGAAAAUGACGAUGCAAAUUAAUUGGUUGACUCUCCAUUAAUGUCCCAUAAAAAAUGUAACCUAAACAAUUAUUUUACUAAGUACUUUUCUUCUCUAUUUCUUAAGCUGCCUCUGAAUUCUUUGUUAUAUAUAGUACUAGUAUCAAGUACACAUUUCACAUUCACCAUUCAAUCAAGAGAUCUAAGUCAUGGAUAACAAUAUUUCUAAGCUUUUCAUGGCUCAUUACACCCUUUCUUUCACUCUAACACUAUUUGUCCUGUUUUCACUAUCUCAAUCUUCUGCUGCUAAUAUUCUUCCAAUUAUCAACCCUGUCUCUCCUUCCACCAUUUGCAAGUUCACUCCCUUUCCUAAUUUCUGUAAAUCCAUGCUCCCAACAACUGAGAAUGUCACAUCCAAUAAUAAUGUCUAUGACUAUGGUCGAUUUUCUGUUCAUAAAUCUUUAUCUUCAGCUCAUAAGUUCCAUUCCCUUAUUCAAAAAUACCUAAGACAAUCCAAAAUUUUACGUAUUAUCGAUAUUCGUGCUUUAGAAGAUUGUCAAGUUUUAGCUGAGCUAAACAUUGACUAUCUUUCAAGCACUUUCAAGACUGUUAAUGAAACUUCCAAGAUUUUACCAAUCCUGGAAGCAGAGGAUGUGCAAACUUUGCUAAGUGCUAUUUUGACAAAUACACAAACUUGUUUAGAUGGUCUCCAAGAAACUGAUUUUCCUUGGAGUUUGAGAAAUGGCAUUUUAACCCCUCUCAUAGAUGACAAAAAGCUUUAUAGUGUUUCUUUAGCUUUGUUCAUAAAAGGGUGGGUUCCCAACAAGAAAAAAAGAUCCAAGUCUCACCCAAUUACCCAAAAGCAGUCAGCUUUCAGAAAUGGCCACUUGCCCUUGAAAAUGACUGCAAGAAAUAGGGCCAUAUUUGAGAGCAUCAGCAGGAGAAAGCUGCUCCAGCAGCAGGAUGAUGAUCAAGAUUUGGAAGAUGAUGACCAGGUUUUGGUGAGUGACAUUGUGAUUGUAAACCAAGAUGGAAGUGGGAAUUUUAGUACCAUAAAUGAAGCUGUGGCUGCAGCUCCAAACAAAACUGAUGGUACUACAGGCCACUUUCUCAUAUAUAUUAAUGCUGGUGUGUAUGAGGAGUAUGUUCACAUUUCCAAGAACAAGAAGUAUUUGAUGAUGAUUGGUGAUGGUAUCAACCAAACCAUCAUCACUGGCAACCAUAGCUAUGGUGUUGAUAACUUUACAACAUAUAAUUCUUCUACAUUUGCUGUGCACGGCCAAGGAUUUGUAGCAGUGAACAUCACAUUCCAAAACACCGCAGGAGCAAUCAACCAUCAAGCAGUUGCAGUCCGAAAUAGUGCAGAUUUAUCCACAUUCUACAGCUGCAGAUUCGAGGGGUACCAAGAUACACUAUAUGUCCACUCCCUUAGACAAUUUUACAGAGAAUGUGACAUAUAUGGUACAGUUGAUUUCAUAUUCGGUAACGCAGCUGCAGUUUUCCAGAACUGCAACUUGUACCCGCGACUACCUUUGGAGAAACAGUUCAAUGCAAUAACAGCACAAGGCAGAACAGAUCCAAACCAAAACACAGGAAUAUCAAUUCAAAAUUGCACCAUAAAUCCAGCAGAUGACUUGAGGUUUAGCAACAGUAGUACACAAACAUAUCUUGGUAGGCCUUGGAAGGAGUACUCGAGGACUAUUUAUGCGCAAAAUUUUAUCGAUGGAUUUAUUAAUCCAUUAGGUUGGAAAGAAUGGACAGGGGAUUUUGCACUUAAUACAAGUUAUUAUGCAGAGUUUAAUAACACAGGACCAGGUUCUAACACUAGUGAUAGAGUCACUUGGCCUGGUUUUCAUGUUAUCAAUGCUACUGAUGCUGCGAAUUUCACAGUUUCUGAAUUUCUACUUGGAGAGGAUUGGUUGCCACGGACUGGAGUGCCAUACUUUAAAGCAUGAUCAACAACAAUGUCUCAGUCCCAAAAAAUUGGGAUCGUUAUAUGAACAUGAUCAGCAUCAAUUUAUUCUUCCCUCAACCCCUAUAGUCUUUUUCUUUACUUUAUAUUUGUAUGAAUUACCUCGAUUCUGACUAAUUUGGUAUCGAGGCAAAGUUGAUUGAUAUUGAUUGAAUUAAUAAGCAACAUUGUAAACAUAAUUCUCAAUGAACAACUUGAGAGUUAUAGUUAAAUGUGAAUUCUUUUUUCUUUUCCUUUGUUGAUCCAUUUUUUAAAGAAAUCUAUUUAAAAUAUGCCUGGCUGAUUAAGAGGCUAGUAGAGUUGAGGCUAGCCUAGUCUUAUCAAGUUUGUUGUUUGUCCCCUUCUAAGCACUCACAAAGUAGACCAGAACAGGGCACUCUAUUUUGGUACCACUUAAACACGCAAUCUUGACUAGAGCAGAAUAGAUACAAAAGAUUUCAUAUAAUAGACCCAACUAGUAUCUGAUUGAAACAUAGUUGAUUGAUUG